AUGCUGCUCAAGGUAACUGCCAAUGCAGGACAAAGAAUUGGAACCCUGAUCGACUUGGCAUCGGACACAAACUACAUCACUCACAGAGCUGCCAGAAGAUUAAAUCUUCGAAGUGAAAACAUCACUUUAGUCGUUCAUGGAGUCGGAGGAAUGGCCAUGAAGGUUAGAACCAGAAGAUAUCUCCUCAGAGUGAGGGUCAAAACGCCCAUAGGCGCGGAAAGAGCUCAUGAGCUUAUCUGCUAUGGUUUGAAUGAAAUUGCCAACGUCCACAGAGUCAUCAAACCUGAGCAACUCAAGAAGUUCUUCCCAGAAGUCAAUCUAGGAGAUCUGAGUAGACCAGAGAGUAUUGAGCUACUGAUAAGCCACCGCGAAGGAAGACUUGCUCCGCAAAGAGUGAAGGUAAUUGGAGACCUUGUCUUGUGGGAAGGUCCGCUAGGAAAGACUGUUGGUGGAGCACAUCCAGAUCUGUUUGAAGAAGUGGAUAUAGCCGCACACAGGUCUGAAACACACUUUGCUCGAUCCAUGAGAGCAACCGCUGUCAAGUAUCAAGAGAUAGCUAAGCUGUUCACAGCUGAAACCAAAGGAACAGUUGCUCACAGAGAGUUCUUGGAUUGGUGGAAGUGGGACAGCAUUGGAGCAGCUUGCGACCCAAAGUGUGGAGGAUGCCGGUGCGGCAACUGUCAACCAGGAGGCAAAGAAAUGACUCUGAGUGAGGAAAGAGAGCUGGAGAUCAUAAGGAAAGGCCUCACCUACAUCAAAGCAGAUGCUCACAGUGAUGAACCCCACUGGGACACAAAAUACCCCUGGAUUCAAGAUCCAAGUUCCCUUCCUGACAACAGGAGUGGGGUGGAAGCCACCUUCUUGAGAACAGAAAAGCAACUCAAAAAAGAGCCAGAGUGGAGAAUAGCAUACACAGCUCAAUUCCAUGAAAUGGUCGAGAGAAGAGCAGCGAAGAAACUCACCAAAGAGCUCAUUGCCAGCUGGAAGGGGCCAGUAUGGUAUGUCAGCCACUUGGUGGCAGCAAACCCGCACUCUCUCACAACACCUGUGAGACUGGUAUGGAACAGCAGCCAGAAGUUUAGAGGGGUCAGCAUGAAUGACCUUCUGCUGAAAGGGCCUGAUGUCCUCAAUCCCAUCCGAGCAGUACUACUCAGGUUCAGGAGAGGCGUCAAUGCUGCCCUCGGCGACAUUAAGAAAAUGUACAAUUCUGUGUGGUUGGAAGACCUGGAGAUGCACCUCCACAGAUUUCUCUGGAGAGACACUGAGGAGGAAGAGAUUGAAGAGUAUGCGAUCACCAGAGUCAACAUUGGCGAUCGACCAGCAGGGUGCAUUGCGCAAUUGGCUAUGAGAGAGACAAGCAAACUGCCCAUGUUUGCUCACCUGGAGGAGGAACGUAGGAUCCUUGAAGAGGAUACCUAUGUCGAUGACAUCCUGACUUCCCAUAAUGACUUGCAAAAGCUGGACCAGAACACCAAAAGUGUUGAAGAGAUCCUGAAGGCAGGCGGCUUCGUCCUCAAGCCCUGGGUCCGGUCAGAUCAAAGUGGGAGGCAGGAGAUCGUACCAGGAGAACAAGGAGCGCAGUCAAGCACAGCACUCAUUCUCCCAAACCAAAUGAGGGAAGGAUACAAUAAAGCCCUUGGAGUUGGAUACCUUGUUGAGGAGGAUAGACUGUACCUCAUGACUUCAAUCAAUUUCUCAAAGAGGAAAGGGAAAAUGAGAGUCGGCCAAAAUCUCCUUGAUGAAGAGGUGAGAGGGAAAACUCCAAACCCACUGACGAGAAGAGAACUGCUGAGCCAGGUAGCUAGCCUGUAUGACCCAAUAGGCCUCGUCACACCUGCCAAACAAAAGGGCGCCAUUCUUUUCAGAAAGGCGUUUCAGGAAGCUGGAGGCAAAACUCUGAACCGAGACACUUGGGACAAACCUUUGUCUGAAAAUUUGAGGGAAGAAGCCAUCCAAUUCUUUGAGGAAUACACACGUCUUGGCCAAAUCACCUUUCACAGAAGCCUCACACCAGCCAACUGGAUUGGAAAACCAUGGGGAAUAACAUUCUCUGAUGGAAGUGACAAGAGCUAUGGAGCCGUAGUGUACUUAAGAUGGGAGACCCAGCAAGGCAUCAAAGUCAGACUGGUUGAAUCCAAAGCAAAGCUCACACCAUUGGACCAAAAGGGAGAACCAGUAAAAGCUGAAAUCUGCGGUGCUGUCUAUGCAGCACGACUUCGAAAAGUUGGAGAGAUCCAGAAAUCCACAUCCAUAGAAGACUGGUGGUGGAUCCCAGGAAGCCUGAACAGUGCUGACAUCAUAACAAGAGGGGCAGCCCCAGAAGACCUCCAGGAAGAUUCCAUGUGGCAGGAUGGACCAGCAUUCCUGAGGAAACCUGUGAAAGAGUGGCCACAUAAGUCAGCCAAAGAAAUCGCUGCGUAUGCCAAGGAAGGUAUAAACAAACUUCGAAGGAAAGCUUUCUCAGCAGCACUGACCAGAGCGCAGGUCAAGAGAAACCAGAGUGAUACACAGCAAAAUAAACCAGAUGAACCUAAGACUCGGAUCCGAAGAUCACCAGCCGGCUCUGCGGUAACAAAACUGAUUGACAUCAGGAAAUUCAGCAAUCUGACCAGGCUGAUCCGAGUCAUUGCCUGGGUUUGGAGAGCCGCAACGAGAUGGAAAGAAAUGUUAACCAAGAAUUCAGCCUCAGAUAAACCAAAGUGGGAGGACGCUCUUUCAACAAAGGUACAGAGGUACAGAGCCAAACAAGCUGUACUCACUGUCGGGGAGUGUGAGGAUGCACUAAGAGACUUGUUCCUUGCAGCUCAAGAAGGUAUAACCUUUCAAGAUACCACUCUCAACAGACUCGCUGUUUACAGAGAUAAAGAGACUGGGCUCUUAGUUUGUGGAGGAAGGUUCCAGAUCUUUGAUGAGGACGAAACUGCCGUACCAAUUCCACCAUAUGAGGCAUGGAUAUCCACUCUCCUAGCUCAAGAGGCCCAUGGUGCAAAUCAUGAAGAAAUAGCAGGCACACUCCUCCGGAUGAGGAAGAAAGCCUGGGUGAUAAAAGGCCGGAAGCUGGCUAAAAAGAGAGUUGACAAUUGUGUGGUGUGCAGAAAGGCCAGGGCCAGAAAGUGCCAACAGAUCAUGAGUGACCUUCCAUCCGAGCGGAUAACACCAGCCAGACCAUUUGAGUACACAACAGUGGACUUAUUUGGACCGUAUGAAGUCAAGGACGAGGUGAAAAAGAAAACCAAGCUCAAGGUGUGGGGUAUUGUCUUCUGUUGCAUGGUAUCCAGAGCUAUACACACAGAUGUUGUCAGUGACCAGUCGACGGAAGGCUUCCUACUGGCUUACCAAAGAUUCACGGCACUGAGAGGGCACCCAAAGAAAUUGUGGUCAGAUCCUGGAAAGAACUUUGUGGGUGCCAGACCUGCCCUCAAAGAACUCUACAUCUUCUUGGAUCAACUAGGUAAAUCUGAGCUUGAAAAUGAAGCUUCCAAGCAUGGGACAGAAUGGAGCUGGAAAAUCCACCCAGCAGACUCCCCUCACAGGAAUGGAGCUGCAGAAGCAGCUGUUCGUACUGUGAAGCGGGCUUUGCACAACCUGGGAGGAGAAGGACUCUUCACAUGGAGUGAGUUUCAAACAUUUCUCUACACGGCUGCUAACCUUGCCAAUGAGAGGCCCAUAGAUGCAAGAACUCAAAGCCGGGAGGACUGCAUAGAAUACAUCAGCCCAAAUUCCCUUCUGCUUGGACGGAUUGGACCCAGAGGAGAUCUUGGAUGCUUUGAUUUUGAAAGCUACCCAUACAAAAGAUUGAGAGCGAUCCAAACAGAAGUUGACCGGUUCUGGAGGAAGUGGAGUCAGUUAGCUGGGCCCAAUCUAUUCGUGAGGAGUAAAUGGCACACAACACAUAGGAAUGUGGCUGUUGGAGAUGUUGUCUGGCUGGCUGACCAAAAUGCCUGGAGGGGUCACUACAAACUAGCCAGAGUCAUCAGUGUCAACAUUGACAAGAAGGGCAUCGUCAGAGAUGUGCAUGUCAGAACUUUUCCCAGCUACCCAGUCCCAACUGUGAAGCCUGCUCAAGAGAAGUCAAAGACACUCUCAACUAAAAUACCUGCUACAGUUCUUCAUAGGGAUGUCAGACGCAUCAUUGUUAUACUUCCUGUUGAAGAAGGAAGAGCCUGAUAGCUGAAAUCGAACAUGCCCCAACACAGAGGUUCGUGUGACCUCCUUCGGUUCAAGAACCAGGAGGUCAAGUGGGAGGUGUUGCGUCAAAACAGAACACUCAAAACAUGAGCACAAUGGCAGCUCUUCCUUUAAAGACCUCCAGGCCUCAAGAGGGCAGAUAACCCAAAAAACACGGGUGGAACUAAAAAAUUGAGCCAGGAUUUCUGGAGGGACUACUUUUACAUGCGCACCUGUCAGAUAAGCAUGGGUAUGAAAUGUUUGGUCCUCAACAUACACACAGCUCAUUGUUCAACCAUAAAGACGCAACUGGUAUGUAAUGUUUGGAAUUAUUUAUUAUGUUGCAUCCAGUGCUUAGCACAAUUUACAUGUUUAACUCUGGUAGGAAUGUUGACUUUUGUUGUGGAUAUUUUCUGACUGCAGAAGUAAUUGCUAGGGUGCUAGAUUAAAUUGUUUAAACGUUUACUUUAUUCAAAGCCAUGCUUUGUUGCUGUGUCAUGCAUUGUUUAGUGUAAAAUAAUGCAUGUUUAUUCUCUGUUUGUUUAAGGUUAUCAACCUAUUCCUAGUGCUAUUCCUAGUGCUAUUCCUAUUGCUAGUGCUAUUCCUAUUCCCUAUUCCUCUGUGAUUCAACUACUCUAUUCAACAAAUCAACUAUUUCAACAUAUUCAACAAAUUGCAUCAAAACCAUAAUAAAACACUGGAAAGGAAUUGAGUUGUCCCUUUGCAUCCUUCACGGGUUGAGCAAGCCGUUUUCAAGUUUGGGCAGAGCUGAAAAUAAUUAUAACACCUAGACAACUUGACACAUACCAAGCCUGGUCCCUUAUCUCAGUGGUUGUCUCCCGCCGUCUCAUGAUUUUACCUUUGAGGAUUAUUAACGUACUAAUUUACUCCCUUAUGCUCCCGGGUGCUCCCUUAUGCUCCCGGGUGCUCCCUUAUACUCCCGGGUGGCGCAGUGGUCUAGGGCACUGCAUCGCAGUGCUAGCUGCGCCACCAGAGUCUCUGGGUUCGCGCCCAGGCUGGGCUGGGUUCGCGCCCAGGCUCUGUCGCAGCCGGCCGCAACCGGGAGGUCCGUGGGGCGACGCACAAUUGGCAUAGCGUCGUCCGGGUUAGGGAGGGUUUGGCCGGUAGGGAUAUCCUUGUCUCAGUAUGUAAAAAAUGUUAUAAAAAUGUAUGCACUCUACUGUAAGUCGCUCUGGAUAAGAGCGUCUGCUAAAUGACUAAAAUGUAAAUGUAAAUGUUAUGCUGAUGUAACAUUUAGACAUCAUGUAUGUUGUUAUAAGUUGAGUUUUUCUGUGAAGACCCUACUACAAUAGUCUAUGUUCGCUAUGUUCCUGUUUGAUUUGUUGUUUCAUAAAAGUGUGUCAAUCAUAGUAUGCCUAAUCUUUACUUCCUACAUUUCAAAUCAACAAGGAAGCAUAUUUAAGAAGUGUAUUGCUCCAAAAUCUGCAAAAUGUACAUUUUCUUUGUUUAACAGUAGGCUAAAUACAAUGAACAGUACUUGAAACCGCAUUCAGAAUGCUUUUGAUGUAGUGCAAAAGUAAGUGAAUAAAAAACUAAGUAGUUUACACAAGAACUUCAGCCAGUUUAGCCAGUUUAGUCUUGUGACAUGUCUGCUGCUGGUGUCUGACGUCCUGUUAUGGCCUGGACAAUCUGUCCAAAUACAGCUAUGAAGCUGUGAAACGAGGCGGUCUGGGCCAUCUGAAACACCCUGGCUGUCCUGUCUGCUGAUGCUGGGCCUCAAGUGUCUCCAGGUAUGAGGCCUCGGUCUCCCUCAUGAAAUUCAGCUAUUUGCUGGUUGUGCUCGCCGUGUGUUUUCUCGUCCCUGGGAAAAUAUACUGACCAAAAAUAUAAACACAACAUGCAAAAAUGUCAAUGAUUUGACUGAGUUACAGUUCAUAUAACGAAAUUAGUCAAUUAAAAUAGAUAAAUUAGACCGUCAUCUAAGGAUUCCACAUGACUGGGCAGGGGCACAGCCAUAGGCCCACCCACUGGGGAUCCAGGCUCAGCCAAUCAGAAUUUGUUUUCCCCCACAAAAGGGCUUUAUUACAGACAGAAAUACUCCUCAGUUUCAUCAGCUGUCCAGGUGGAUGGUCUCAGACGAUCCCACAGGUGAAGAAGCCGAAUGUGGAAGUCCUGGACUGGCGUGGUUACACAUAGUCUGUGGUUGUGAGGCUGGUUGGACAUACUGCCAAAUUCUCUAAAAUGACGUUGGAGACGGCUUAUGGUAGAGGAAUGAACAUUCUAUUCUCUUGCAACAGCUCUGGUGGUCAUUCCUGCAGUCAGCAUGCCAAUCGCACACUCCUUCAAAACUUAAGACAUCUGUGGCAUUGUGUUGUGUGACAAAACUGCACAUUUUAGGGUGGCCUUCUAUUGUCCCCAGCACAAGGUGCACCUGUGUAAUGAUCAUGCUGUUUAAUCAGCUUCUUGAUAUGCCACACCUGUCAGGUGGAUGGAUUAUCUUGGCAAAGGAGAAAUGCUCACUAACAGGGAUGUAAACACAUUUGUGCAAAACAUUUUAGAGAAAAAAGCUUUUUGUGCGUAUGGAACAUUUCUGCAAUCUUUUAUUUCAGCUCAUGAAACAUGCGACCAACAAUUUACAUGUUACGUUUAUAUUUUUGUUCAGUGUAUAAAGGCAGAAGUAAUGAGAUGUGCAGUACAGGGAUGAUAAGGUACAGACUCCAAAGCAAACCUGAGGGCAGCCAGUGGAAGUGCAGUUUUGUUCUCCAACCAGGUAUUGUUGCCUCAUAUGUAUUAAAUCUUAUCCAGCAAAGGCCAGUGUGGGGCCAACCAGAUCUACCAACCAGAUACAUAAAUGAUGCAAAUAGUCAUGGUCUUGGGUCAGAAUAUGAUUCAUUGAAUCAGUUUGACAUAUAAAUUCCUAGAUCCACACCCUUUCCUUGAAUAAUGUUUAGGAACAUAACCCUGCAAUGAUAAAAGCCUACUGUGGAUGAGAUUGAACUGUUUACCAACCGAGAAAGGACCUUUGGAGCCCUGCAACCCCAGGCGCCAAGGUUGUAGGAACAUUGAUUGUGUCGAUGGACCCUGGGUGUCUGGGGGUGCAGGGCUCUAAGGUUGUAGGAACAUUGAUUGUGUCGAUGGACCCUGGGUGUCUGGGGGUGCAGGGCUCUAAGGUUGUAGGAACAUUGAUUGUGUCGAUGGACCCUGGGUGUCUGGGGGUGCAGGGCUCUAAGGUUGUAGGAACAUUGAUUGUGUCGAUGGACCCUGGGUGUCUGGGGGUGCAGGGCUCUAAGGUUGUAGGAACAUUGAUUGUGUCGAUGGACCCUGGGUGUCUGGGGGUGCAGGGCUCUAAGGUUGUAGGAACAUUGAUUGUGUCGAUGGACCCUGGGUGUCUGGGGGUGCAGGGCUCUAAGGUUGUAGGAACAUUGAUUGUGUCGAUGGACCCUGGGUGUCUGGGGGUGCAGGGCUCUAAGGUUGUAGGAACAUUGAUUGUGUCGAUGGACCCUGGGUGUCUGGGGGUGCAGGGCUCUAAGGUUGUGGCUUCACUAUUCGAGCACGCAGCUUCCUCUGAGUCCGUAGGUUCAGGAAUGUCCUCUGAGAAGUCUAAGUAUGUUUGUUUGUAUAAUGUAAAGUUGAAUACUCCGGCUAACGUCAAACAUGUAGCCAAGUCCACGACGUUGGCCUUCCAUGGAUGUUUUAUAUGACACGCUGAAGACAUUGGUAGCUAGCUAGAUAGUAAUUUGUCUAAAAACAAUGUAUUACCGUGCUGAUCAUCGCUACUGGGUGUCAUCAUGGCUUCAAACAUGGCUUUCUGGCUGUCUGAUCCACUUUUGUUGUUGUGGUCUUUUAUCUUUUUAUAUUCUUGCUUGAGUUUCUUAAUUUUUUCCAUGCACUGUUUUAUUGACUGAUGGAUUCCCAUUUCGGCUAGUGUAUCCAAUAUUUUUUUGAAGACCUUUUUAUCCCUGGUGGAAGAAUCCAGUCGCCUCUGGAUGCUGGAGUCUGCCCAGAUACUCCAGAGUGCUUGGACAUCUCCAACGGACCAAUUUUGCUUCUUUCAUUAUUUGUUUUUAACUUAAUAAGAGUUAUUGGUUAGUGUAGCUUUACUAAGGUACAUCUGUGGCUGGACCAUUCCUAGACAGAUGACCUUCUCUUAUAAAAAUGGAGCCAGUGACUUGUGUAUGAGUAUUAACAACAUAUGCGACACUGUGACAUCAUUGCGUGAGACCAAUCAUUGAGUACUGGCAUUUGUAACCCCACCCACUGGCCAACUUGGUUGGAGGUCAGUACUAGAUACUGGUUCUCAGCAGUGCAGGGAUGUGAGAUUUGAAGUGGCAAUGUUUGAUGGUAAUGGGUUAUAUACUAACACAUUUAUCAGACACUUCCAGCUGCAGAGCUUCCUCCUCAGUCACUCUUCCUUGUAAUGGAAAUGCUGCCAAUUUAUCCCUAAAUCCCUCCCUCCUUCAUCUGCUCACAGCGCUCUGUGUCUCUGGGAGAUGAUGAAGGAUGGAGCAGAGAAAGAAAAUGAUGACUGAAAAGUAUCUCUCUGUGUCUCUCUGUGUCUCUUUGAGUCUCUCUGAGUGUCUCUGUGUCUCUCUGUGUCUCUCUGAGUCUCUCUGUGUCUCUGUGUCUCUCUGAGUGUCUCUCUGUGUCUCUCUGUGUCUCUCUGAGUCUCUCUGAGUCUCUCUGUGUCUCUCUGUGUCUCUUUGAGUCUCUCUGUGUCUCUGUGUCUCUCUGAGUGUCUCUAUGUCUCUCUGUGUCUCUCUGAGUCUCUCUGUGUCUCUGUGUCUCUCUGAGUAUCUCUCUGUGUCUCUGGAUUGGAAAGUAAGAGAUUCAUGCAUUAGCCUGGUGCCAGUAACCAAAAGGUUGCAGGAUCGAAUCCCUGAGCUGGCAAGGUAAACAUCUGUCGUUCUACAUCUGAACCAGGUAGUAAACCCCCUGUUCCCCGAUAGGCUGUCAUUGUAAAUUCUUAUUGGCACAACGCUCUAACCACUAGGCUACCUGCCACCCCUCUAGUGUGUACUUCACAUGUGUUUGAGGUACUGGAUGAGCAAGUCAGCACAGAUGGUAGAGCUGCUGUUUGGUUACAGGUGUUUCAAUACUGUAUCAUUACACACUGGUGACAGUUGGGUCCACCAGCCUAAUAAUUUCCACUUCCUGUUUGGAUUUUUUCUCAGGUUUUUGCCUGCCAUGUGAGUUCUGUUAUACUCACAGACAUAAUUCAAACAGUUUUAGAAACUUCAUAGUGUUUUCUAUCCAGUACUAAUAAGUAUAUGCAUAUAUUAGCAACUAUGACUGAGGAGCAGGCCGUUUACUCUGGGCACCUCUGUGCACCUUUCAUCCAAGCUACUCAAACUGCCCCGGCAGCCACAAGAAGUUAAUAAAAGCGAGAUUACCUUCAAUUACCCUUUAAAACGUACGGUGUAAAUCCCCUGAACAUUGAGUCUGCAAAAUGAAGACAGCAACGUAUCAGUGGAUGUGUUUCAGUGUUCCAGAGAAGAUGUAGUAUACAUAAAGACUGUUCAGUUCUAAAAGGCACAUCCAGUAGUUCUAAAGCUGUGUGUUUACCUCUCCCAAUGUGACACACACACACAGACACAGACACAGACACAGACACAGACACAGACACAGACACAGACACAGACACAGACACAGACACAGACACAGACACAGACACAGACACAGACACAGACACAGACACAGACACAGACACACAGACACAGACACACAGACACAGACACAGACACAGACACAGACACAGACACAGACACAGACACAGACACAGACACAGACACAGACACAGACAGACACACACACACACACAGCCAUUCUGUGAUUCAGAGAAUACAGACUGAGAAUUCUGGCUAAAUAAUAGAUUUUUGCGCAGUGUUAAAUGCUGCUUGAUGUUUGGCUGUUUCAGGGAUUAUGAUUAGAUUGGUCUAUGAUUAGAAAACUGUUGGGGUGGCAACAACAAAGCCUAAGUAAAAGUCUGGACAAUAUUAAGUUUUCUAUCUAUUAGAACAAGAGGUGUGGAUGGAAAACAAUGAAAGAUAAUACAGAAUAAUACACAGUCCAGAGGUUAUAGAAAAGGCUAUAGAAAACCAAUCAAUAUCAAAUGAGUGUCGAGGAGAUUGAGUGUGAGCAACAAAUGCAUUUCGUGAUGGCUAUGAUGUAAUUUACAUUUCCUGUGUAAUGACUAGGGAAGCAGCAUGAUACAGAAAGGUAUUACAUCUAGAGUGGGGACGGAGUCUGUGGGGAGUGAGAACUCAAGAGGAAGCCACAAUAUCAUUACCCAGCAAUUUUCUCCAGUCUCCGUCAGCGUUGAUAGUUCACACAAAUGACUAAAUGACAUU